UCCGUUGUCUCGGUAUAAAUACCGUUUGUUUUCACAACUGUUCGUCUUGACGAGAUCUAUCCUGAAGCUACGAUAAUGGCGAAGCAAAUCGGAUUUUUCGAUCUUAACACCGGAGCGAAGAUCCCGUCGGUCGGUCUCGGGACAUGGCAGGCUGAUCCUGGCGUUGUUGGCAACGCCGUCGCAGCUGCUGUGAAGAUCGGCUAUCGGCACAUAGAUUGCGCUCGGAUGUAUGGCAACGAAAAAGAGAUUGGAUCAGUUCUGAAGAGUUUGUUUGAAGAUGGCGUAGUGAAGCGCGAGGAGCUGUUUAUCACAUCCAAACUCCGGAGUACUGAUCACGACCCUCAAGAUGUGCCCGAGGCAUUGAACAAAACUCUACAGGAUCUGCAGCUUGACUACGUCGAUCUGUAUCUCAUCCACUGGCCUGUUCGAUUGAAGAAAGGUUCUGUUGGCUUUAGCCCUGAAAACAUCUUACCUACUGAUAUCCCUGGCACAUGGAAAGCAAUGGAAGCACUCUAUGAUUCUGGAAAGGCAAGGGCUAUCGGUGUAAGCAACUUCUCCACGAAGAAACUUGCGGAUCUCUUGGAGGUGGCUCGUGUUCCUCCUGCUGUUAACCAGGUGGAAUGCCAUCCUUCGUGGCAACAGAAAAAGCUACGUGAUUUCUGCAAAUCCAAAGGGGUUCACCUCUCUGGAUACUCGCCGCUUGGAUCUCGAGGGACGACAUGGCUCAAGGGUGAUGAUGUUCUGAAGAACCCGAUUCUGAACUCUGCUGCUCAAAAGCUCGGGAAGACACCCGCACAAGUCGCCCUUCGUUGGGGACUCCAGAUGGGUCAUAGUGUGCUUCCCAAAAGCACACAUGAAGAGAGGAUCAAAGAGAAUUUCGAUGUUUUCGACUGGUCCAUUCCGGACGACCUCUUUGCCAAAUUCUCUGAGAUUGAACAGGCAAGAUUGCUGAGAGGUUCGUCCUUCAUUCAUGAGACACUCAGCCCUUACAAGACCCUCGAAGAGCUUUGGGACGGUGAGAUUUGAUACCAAACUUCCCAUCUUCAAUGUCCUGAUCGUUUUUCUCUCUAUUUAAAACAAAAAAAAAGAAUAUGGGGUUUAUCGACGUACGAAUAAUUGAGUCUGUAGAAGUUGAACUUUUACAUUAAAAUCCCGAUUGAAUUCAAACAAAUUAGCAAUCAAAAUA